CAAUGAUUUUAACUGACGAUUCCAUUCAAGCUUUUAAAGUACAAUUACAACAAUCUAUCAUUGUGUGUUCAGAAAGAGGCUUAUUUUAUGCUUCUAAAUGGGCAGCUGAAGUGUUGAAUGGUAUUAAGGACGACUUUCUCGAUGACAAAGUUCCAUUCACACAAAAUGAAGUUCAUAUACCAACAAUAUCAACUUAUCAUACAGACUAUGAAUCAUCAUUACCACCCCUUUCAGAACGAGAUUAUAACCUGUACCAGUAUGCAAAGACUCUAUUCAACAUUCGACACUUUCACAGCGUCAUGGAUGUCUUGGGUCAAUCUAAACAUCCCAAGCUUUAUUUUCUAAGGCUUUAUGCAAAAUAUUUGGCAGGCGAAAAGAGAAAAGAAGAAUUCAGUCAGGACGUUCUGGGAGCGACAGAACAGACGAGAGCAGAUAAUGCAGAACUAGAGUCCAUCUAUCGAGAGCUACAUGAGGAUUAUGAGCAUGGGAGAUUAGAUGCGUUUGGAUUGUAUCUGUACGGUAUUGUAUUGAAAAAGCGGCAGCUGGCAUUCAGAGCUGCCGCCAUAUUAUUAGAAUCCAUUCGUAAAUAUCAGUAUAACUGGUCUGCAUGGGUAGAGCUGGCGACACUAGUGCAGACUAAAAAAAUGUUUAUGGACCUGAGAGCCUUAUUGAAUCGAGAGUUCGAGACGAGUGUCAUGAAAGAGUUCUUUUUGGCAAAGUUGUGCAUUGAUUUAAAUCAACCUGGCAACUUCUUUAAGGAUAUCAUGGACCCUUUGGAUCAAUAUUUUUCUCGUAGUGCCUAUGUUUUAUCUCAAUGGGCAACCUUUUAUUAUGAUUCAAUGGACUAUAAUGAAUCACUUGUGCUUUUUGAAGAACUGCGUAACUCAUAUCCUUCUCGAUUGGACGAUAUGGACGUUUUUUCAAAUUUGCUCUAUUUACAAAAUCUAAAGCAUAAACUAUGUACACUUGCCUUGGAAUGCGAGAAAAUAGACAAGUAUCGACCAGAGACCUGCUGUGUACGUGGAAACUAUUGUGUUCUAAAACACGAAACUGCAGAAUCUGUAGAGUAUUUCAAAAGGGCCAUCAAGUUAAAUAGAAGCUACCAUCUUGCUUGGACUUUGUUAGGCCACAGUUAUUUCGAGCUUCAAGAUCUGAGUGCAGCUAUUGAGUGUUAUAGGCGUGCAGUGGAGGUCAACAACCGAGAUUACAGGUCAUGGUUUGGACUGGGCCAAGUCUAUGAAGUCAUGAAAUAUCCAUAUGAUGCACUCUACUACUACCAUAAAGCCACUAAUUUACGACCACGAGAUAGUAGAAUGUGGGCAGCUCUAUCUGGAUGUUAUGAAGUAUUAAAACAACAUGAUGAAGCGUUGAACUAUAAGCAUAGAGCUGAGGCAUGUGAUAGAUUGAAAGAUAGAUCGGAAAUGGUACAGAUAGCAGAAAUAUUCAAGAGAAGAGGAAGGCUUGAUAUAGCCAUUGACUUUUACCACAAGAUCUGGCAACGCUCAGUUCAAGAGAAUGCCAUUGAUGAAAUAACUGCAGACAUUAGUAUACAGUUAGCAAGAUAUGCCAUGUCAAAGAAUCAGCUACAUGAUGCUGAACAAUAUGCUAUCACAUCUCUCAAUAUGAGCCAUCCUUACCAUGAACAAGCAAGAGAUAUUUUAGAUGAGAUAGGCCGAUUAAGUAAAGCCAGUGUGUAAAAAUAGCCUGAAUACUCUAGUAAAACAAUACCACACAAUGAUUUGAACUGAUUGUAAUAUAAAAGAACUUACCUAUAUAAACCACUUAAAUUUAUAUUCUCAUACAUAUACUCCAUAAGCUAUCGGACUACUUUGGCCAGGAACAAAAAGGACACUUUCUAAACUGUUCACGUGAGCCAUUACCAUCCAAAGCUCCAAUCACGGAGCUUUCAUGUAUAAACGGACUUGCAAGAAACCAGUUUUUUUAUUUUAUACCAUUAUCAAUAGCUUCAAAAUCACAUUACCAUCGAAAAUAAGGGAUGAACCUUUGUAUCUUUAGUCUUGUCGAUCACUAAGGGUCAUAAAGUUCUUUUCUUUGUUAAUAUAUGGGAUAG